AUGGCUGACGUUGAUGCCCCUUCCAUCCGUCCGGAGGAGUUGGAAGACUUGGUGAAGGGUUUAGAGCACUACCUGAGCAAGAUCAAAAAGGGAGAAGGCCCACAGGAACGUGCGGCAGCUUUCGGCCAUGGAGGUACCAAAGGUUGUAAGGACUUAGACUAUAAGUUUAAGUGCCCGAUGAGCCACUUUACGGACACCCAGCACGAAUUGGUGGCCAAGACGUUGGUGAACAUGUUCGGUGUUGAGAAUGAUACCGAGGCCAACUAUAUCAUGAAGGUCUGCUUCCCCGAGGCUUUGAUUAAAUUGUAUAUGAACUUUCAUAAGAAGCCCUAUGACCAGGCCGAGGAAGAAUUGUUCAAUUUGGAUGUACACAAGGCUCAUUUGUUAAUCGGUAGCUAAUCGAGUAACGCAAAAUAAUGUGUUUUAAAAUAUUGUAUUAUCAAGGACAUCUCACUAAGGAAAUACCUUUCCUCCCAAACGCCCGAGAAGAAAACCAAAGAAAGGGCGUCUCCACCGCCUUCGUUGCUCCCGAUGUUUGAUGAUAGCAACGACUCUUAUGUUAUCCCUCUGACAGAGACAUCAAAGAGGAUGAAGGUAUUAUUAAAUAUUUUAACUACAUAUUGUUCGUUCCCGGCAACCAGGAAAAUCAAUUAUAAUUAGAGGUAAUGUCCUGAUGUGUUUUCAACCUGUUUAGAGAAAACGUCCAACAACUUUUACAGUGGAAGAGACUGAUGAAAGCACCUCCGAUGGUGAGGAUAAAGAACCCAAAAAGGUUUGUUUAAACUUGUUAUCUCAAAUGUAAAUAUUAUUCGACCCAUUCCCUUUGGACUAGCCUGCAUGCCAUGCAGGCUACCACUGGACCUUUUCACAUCAGUCAGACUAUUUACACACAGCCUUUCUUUACAUAGAGGGAAAGGAGAGUACGUGAAUGCCCAUUCUGCAAGAAAGGAUACAAAUACUUAACCAGCCACCUGAGGACGUUGCACGGUAAGACGAAGAAAGAAUCUAUACAAAUAUCCAGCAGACAUCGUGCCGUCAAGGAAGGUGUCGAUCAGAAAAGGAAGCCGCUCCUUUGUCCGGUCCCGGGGUGCGACAAGAUGGUUGCAAGGAUUGACCUCCACCUCCGCAGAAUACAUCACAUUAACAAAGAAGACCCAGAAUACCGAAGGUUAACUGAAAAUAUUUUCUUUCUUAUUGCCAUACAAAACUUUAUCUCAUACCUAGCGUAUUAACGGCUUUCCUAUUGGCUACGAGGAGGUACGUUCAAUCUCGAACUCACCUGCUGACGUAAGUUUAGUAGGUGGGUUCGAGAUCGAGGUUUCGGCGGCGGCCAUUAUGAAGCGAUUUGAACAAAUUUCAGACGAAGAUUUAAAUAAAAGAGUAAUUAACUGUUUUUAAUUGUUAUUUUUUUAUUUUGUUUGAUGAAAAUGGAAUAUUCUGUAUUCAAAGUGGAAGAGAAGAAAGAUCGCCGCCGAAAUUUGUUCGGCACGGGCAGGUUCACUUGGCAAUGUUUUCGCAGAAUGUGUGCGUUUUCUCUUUUCAAGAAUAAGGGAAUAUUGUAGAGAAUUUUUUUUAGCUUCAAGUUAAGCCUAAGUUUGUUUGUUCGCGUAGUAUGUUGGCAGCAAAAAUGUUCGUUAUACAAACAAGAAAUUAUAUACUAAAAUGCGUAAAUUCUUCAGUACUUUUUACCGAAAUGGCAUCUGAUAAAAACCAAACAUACUUGCAGGUUCGGUGAGUCCGGGAUUGGACGCGCCUCGGUUCGUCCAAUCCCGGACUCACCGAACCUGCAAGUAUGUUUGUUAUAAUAUCAACCCUAACCCUAAACACUCAUUCCUUGCACUCUUUUGUCAGAUACAACGACGAGAUCGCCUUGGCCCGCGCGAAGGCCAAGUUUGAGGACAACGCUGCAGCAGCCAAAAAGCCUAGGAAGACUAAAAAGAAAUCAACUGAAACACAGCCGGACCCUUCUAUUCAUGGCGAAGACCUACCUCCACCGUCGUCGUCGGGUUCGGAGUCAGAAAGUCAAGAUACUCCGCUGGCUAUCCUGCUUAGUAAACCACGUCGCCCCAAAGCGGAGCCGGAUCCGUCAAUGAUGCGGGAGAUUGAAGAACUUCCAGUUUUUCAACUCUUUCAACACCACCUCAACUUUGAGAGCGGCUCAAGGAAGGCGGCUGUGGCAAAAGACCACACUCGUAGAGUCUGCCGCCUCCUGUAUGAAAUAGAGGAUCCCCCCAAGAAUGUCCAUCAACUCUGGGACAAUUGCAAAAUUAACAUUCUAAGCAAGAAUUUUUUCAGGGGAAACGAUCUACUGAGCAAGAAGGACAAGCGCCAACCGCUCACGCUAAAGGCGUACACUAUCUCCCUGCAGCUCUUCCUGCGGUUUGUGAUAGUCCGUCAGGAGGAUAUUCGUCUCAUAGCCACACUGACCAAUGACGACAUCCGCCUCGUCAACAUAGCAAUCAUGAGGCUGGAAACAUGGCCGAAGGCUUUUACAGACACCGCCAAUUUCAGGAAGGCCGAGAUCCGGAAGCGCGACGUUGAGGAACGACUUAACCUGCGAUCAGGCCUAUAA